AUGGAUGCAUUGUUUGAAGCACAGUUCUCUCCACUUUCAGAUUCUGGACGUUUGCUUAGCAAAUGUGGCAAAUGCCUACGAUAUAUGAAGUACAUCUCUUCCCAGCCAUCACGGCUAUACUGUGGUACAUGUGAAGAAGUUUAUUAUGUUCCUCAAAAGGGUACAAUUAAGUUGUACAAGGAACUUACGUGCCCUUUGGACAACUUUGAGCUUUUGUUAUUCUCAUUGGCCGGCCCAGAAGGCAAGUCAUUCCCUCUCUGCCCUUACUGUUACAACAGUCCUCCAUUUGAAGGUAUAGACACGUUAUUUGGUGCCACCAAAUCCGGUGGUUCUGGCAAGUUGGGAAAAGGAGCCGGCAUGCCUUGUAUCCUCUGCCCACACCCCACCUGCCAGCAUUCUCUGAUUGCCCAAGGAGUUUGUGCUUGCCCAGAAUGCGAUGGAACACUUGUCCUUGACCCAGUCAGUGCUCCCAAAUGGAGGCUUUAUUGCAACAUGUGCAAUUGUCUUGUUUUCCUUCCUAGUGGUGCUCAUAGGAUUUCUACAACUCGGGAACGAUGCGCUGAAUGUGAUUCCACCGUAAUAGAAGUUGACUUCAAUAAGAAAACAACACCCCUGAAAGAUGGAGCUACCUUGUAUGUUGGGUGUGUUCUUUGUGAUGAACUUCUGCAUUCGCUGGGUCUGGUGGUAUCACAACAAGGGUUGGGCUGCAAGGGCAUGUCUUUCGGCUACGGCCCUCCAAAACCCGAAGCGGAAAUGAUCAAACUCAUCCACCAUGCCAUCGACACCGGCGUCACUUUCCUCCACACUGCCGACUACUAUGCGUUGAAAAAUAAACUUGUUUAG